GUCCAUCCAUACACUGCAACCAUGUCUUGGCUCUCAUCGACGUUGCUUCUUAACGUCGCUUUCCACCUUCCCUUGCUUUUAUCCCCCUUGGCUUCAUCCUCACAUCCCUUCCCUUUUCACACCCUCGCUCUUGUUUCCUAGCUGCCAGUCCGUUGACGGGCCGUCUGCCGUACCUCCUAAUGGCCCCCGAGCCGCCCGCCGUCUGACAUGCACUUUCACCUUCACCCACACCCUGUCCUGCUAUGUCUUGCUCACUACUGCGACCUCCAUGGCCCGACCCCCUUGAUGGUCACUGAGGGUCUACCGGCCUCAUGUACUGUCUGCUUUGAAGAUGGUGCAGAUCCUGCCGAUAACAGACCACGAUCCAGCGCGCAUGCAUCGUCGACUGCUCUCAACGACGCAUUAAAGAACCUCGACCUAUCUCGGAGCGCUUCAAUGCCAGCUUCCGAACAAGAGGCUCAGGCACAACGUGCAGCACUAUUGCGAAACUCUAGCAACUCUGGCGCAACCCCCACUGCUAUCGAUACUCCUCCUGAAAGUCCACGACCGGCCCCUCCUCAUCCUCGACGCGAUUCGAGUUUCCGAAGAACCUAUGAUGAGACUGUUACAAAGAAACAAGGCCCUUGCGAUAACUGCGCAAUGACCUUGCCGCGACAGCAAGCGGGAUCAAAUAGUGUUCAUUUCGCAAACAAUACUCGUGGACCAACAUUGCGCACGCGUGCGCCAGCAGAGCGGGUUUUCGGCGCAGGAGGCCAGGCAUCGCCUCCCAAUUCGCAAACCUCGAGUGAUACCGAUGGGGAGCGGGACGAAGACCCUCGGGCUCGGCAAAGAAUAACACCCUCGGUCAGCUCGCGCAAUACCUCGCGAUCAAGCAAGAGUGGUGGUACAGGUAAUUCGACCGCAGCAGAACGGACACCCUUCCAUGUUCACUACGUCGACUAUACAUCUACCCACGAUCCGGUCCUACCCGACUCUUUCUCUCUUAUUCGAGCGUCUUGCUUGCGCACUCUAUCCUUCGAGACGUUACCCCGGGCUCCAUCUACGGCAAACCCCACUUCACCCGUUGCGACCUCUUCCCCGGCCUUUGUUACUACACAAAGCGCCGGCUCGGCUGUCACAGGCGGCCCCAUCUUUUUCGGCGACGCCCUCGCCGGUUACACGACGGCUUAUAUCUUCCGUAUUCCUGAUGUACACGCACGGGGUCAUAAGCGAGUGUAUGCCUUCUUGGCGCUUAGUACUCACCGAGAGCGCCUGGCCAUGAAGACAUUUGCCGUGGUCUCGACCGCUUUUCGCGAGCUCGCUACAUGGAUUCAGCAACUGGCUGAAGCCGAGGCCGAGCGAGCGGCCGAGAACUCUCCUAUUGGUAGCAGCAUCUACGGGGGUGGCUAUGCACCACCACCACCAACUGUUGAAUCCUCUGGAGGCCCUGAUCGCAACGGAAGCAGCUUUCUGACAGGCGGUAGCGGGUUCACCCGACGGAUGGGUGGUGGCCCUGGUGCCUCAGCCCCAAAAGCCCGUGGUCUAGCGGAGAUUGUUGGACAGCCUGAUAUCUUUAUCGAGCUGCACCGGCGUUUCGUUCACCUUCUCUUUGAAGUUGGUGUUACCUUGAGCUCGUAAUGAGCUGUUUAUGCCCAUUGGCAUGCUCUAUACGUUUUUCUGCCUCGGCAUACCACAAGGCAAUCCCUAAGGAUCAGGAUGACUUCCACUACCCUGUCUUAUCGGGAUGAUCUGGUCGCCGCAGACAUACCCCAGCCUUACCAAUGCUACUCUCCACGCCCUACCCAAUGAUACUGAAC